GAGCAAACACCUCCUACUUCCCGGCGUUCCAUCCCAAUUUGUGCUAGGAAUUCGGAGCCUCCCCAGCAGCGACUCAGAAGAACCGAGGCGGCGGGGGACAACUCGGCGCCCCAGAGCGGACGAGGUGUCAAGAUGCUGCAAGUACAUAGGACUGGACUGGGCAGGCUGGGAGUCAGCCUCUCCAAGGGUCUUCACCACAAAGCUGUGUUGGCCGUCCGGAGGGAGGAUGUGAACGCCUGGGAGAGAAGGGCCCCUCUAGCUCCCAAGCACAUCAAAGGCAUCACCAAUCUGGGAUACAAGGUCUUGAUACAGCCUUCGAAUCGGCGGGCCAUUCAUGAUAAGGACUAUGUCAAAGCUGGUGGCAUUCUUCAGGAGGAUAUUUCUGAAGCUUGUCUAAUUUUAGGAGUUAAAAGACCUCCAGAGGAAAAAUUAAUGUCCAGGAAGACUUAUGCAUUUUUCUCCCACACAAUAAAAGCUCAGGAGGCCAAUAUGGGCUUGUUGGAUGAGAUUCUAAAACAGGAAAUUCGCCUUAUUGAUUAUGAGAAAAUGGUGGAUCAUAGAGGAGUACGGGUAGUGGCAUUUGGACAGUGGGCUGGUGUGGCAGGAAUGAUCAACAUUUUACAUGGAAUGGGUUUAAGGCUCCUUGCUUUGGGACAUCACACACCUUUUAUGCACAUUGGCAUGGCUCAUAACUACAGGAAUAGCAGUCAGGCUGUGCAAGCUGUCCGGGAUGCUGGCUAUGAAAUAUCUUUGGGUUUGAUGCCUAAGUCAAUAGGACCCUUAACAUUUGUGUUCACAGGAACUGGUAAUGUUUCUAAGGGAGCCCAAGCAAUCUUUAAUGAGCUACCUUGUGAAUAUGUGGAGCCCCAUGAAUUAAAAGAAGUUUCCCAAACUGGAGACCUCAGAAAAGUGUAUGGGACGGUGUUAAGUCGUCAUCAUCAUCUUGUCAGGAAAACAGAUGGUGUGUAUGAUCCUGCAGAGUAUGACAAACAUCCUGAGCGCUACAUAAGUCGUUUUAAUACUGAUAUUGCACCCUAUACAACUUGCUUAAUUAAUGGAAUCUACUGGGAACAAAACACUCCUCGCCUCCUAACCCGCCAAGAUGCUCAGAGUCUCCUGGCUCCAGGCAAGUUCUCAGCUGCUGGUGUGGAAGGCUGCCCUGCAUUACCACACAAACUUGUGGCAAUAUGUGACAUUUCAGCUGACACAGGAGGGUCUAUAGAGUUUAUGACUGAGUGUACAACAAUAGAGCGUCCCUUUUGCAUGUAUGAUGCAGACCAGCAUAUUAUUCAUGACAGUGUUGAAGGCUCGGGGAUCCUGAUGUGCUCCAUUGACAAUUUGCCGGCACAGCUCCCAAUUGAAGCUACAGAAUGCUUUGGAGACAUGCUUUACCCUUAUGUUGAAGAAAUGAUAUUAUCAGACGCAACACAGCCUCUUGAAAGUCAGAAUUUUUCUCCUGUGGUGAGAGAUGCAGUGAUUACAUCCAACGGUACAUUACCUGAUAAAUAUAAAUAUAUCCAGACACUCCGGGAGAGCAGGGAACGUGCUCAGUCACUUUCAAUGGGCACCAGGAGAAAGGUUUUGGUUCUUGGAUCUGGCUACGUAUCUGAGCCUGUAUUGGAAUAUUUAUCAAGAGAUGCCAAUAUAGAAAUAACAGUAGGCUCUGACAUGAAGAAUCAAAUUGAACAGUUAGGCAAGAAAUAUAAUAUUAAUCCUGUUAGCAUGGACAUUUGUAAACAGGAAGAGAAGCUGGGCUUCUUGGUGGCAAAACAGGAUCUUGUCAUCAGCUUGUUGCCUUAUGUAUUGCACCCUCUUGUGGCCAAGGCCUGCAUCACAAACAAAGUUAACAUGGUCACUGCAAGCUACAUCACACCAGCACUAAAAGAAUUGGAAAAGAGUGUGGAAGAUGCUGGCAUCACAAUCAUUGGUGAAUUGGGAUUGGACCCUGGUCUGGAUCACAUGUUAGCAAUGGAAACAAUAGAUAAAGCCAAGGAAGUGGGAGCCACGAUUGAAUCAUAUAUUUCCUACUGUGGUGGGCUUCCAGCCCCUGAACAUUCAAACAAUCCAUUGAGAUAUAAAUUUAGCUGGAGUCCAGUGGGAGUUUUGAUGAACGUAAUGCAGUCUGCCACCUAUCUGCUCAAUGGAAAGGUUGUGAAUGUUGCAGGAGGCAUCUCCUUUCUUGAUGCCGUUACGUCCAUGGAUUUUUUCCCAGGACUAAAUUUGGAAGGCUAUCCUAACAGAGACAGUACGAAAUAUGCUGAGAUUUAUGGCAUUUCUUCUGCUCACACUUUGUUGCGGGGGACACUGAGAUAUAAGGGAUACAUGAAAGCUUUGAAUGGAUUUGUAAAAUUAGGUCUUAUAAACAGAGAAGCACUUCCUGCCUUUAGACCUGAGGCCAACCCUCUCACCUGGAAGCAACUCCUCUGUGACCUAGUUGGGAUUUCACCCUCCUCUGAGCACGAUGUGUUGAAGGAAGCUGUUCUUAAGAAACUAGGAGGAGACAAUACCCAGUUGGAGGCUGCUGAAUGGUUGGGCUUACUUGGGGAUGAACAAGUCCCUCAGGCAGAGUCCAUUCUGGAUGCCCUCUCCAAGCAUUUGGUCAUGAAGCUUUCCUAUGGUCCUGAAGAAAAAGAUAUGAUUGUGAUGAGAGACAGCUUUGGAAUCAGACAUCCUUCUGGACAUUUAGAACACAAAACGAUUGAUCUUGUGGCUUAUGGGGACAUCAAUGGCUUUUCAGCCAUGGCUAAAACCGUGGGGUUACCCACUGCCAUGGCAGCCAAAAUGUUGCUUGAUGGUGAAAUUGGAGCCAAAGGCCUAAUGGGGCCCUUUUCAAAGGAGAUCUAUGGACCAAUAUUGGAGCGAAUUAAAGCAGAAGGCAUUAUAUAUACUACACAGAGUACAAUUAAACCAUAAUUGGGAAUUA